ACCCCCGAGCCCCAGCCGCCCCGGCGCAGAGCUGGUGAAGGAGCAGGACGAGAGCGGGCGUCGCGGGCCCAGCUGGGAGCAGGCGGCAGCUGAUCCGCAGUCGGGGCUCGAGGGACGCCGCGGCCGCAGGGUCUGCAUUUCAGGGUGUUAUAACACCUGAGCCCUGUUAUCAUUUUCAUCAUGGGCUUCUGCCUGGCUCUGGCAUGGAUACUCCUGGUUGGGCCAUGGAUGCCCACAGGAGCUCAGAACCCCAUUUCGUGGGAGGUGCAGCGAUUUGAUGGGUGGUACAACAACCUCAUGGAGCACAGAUGGGGCAGCAAAGGCUCUCGGCUGCAGCGCCUCGUCCCAGCCAGCUAUGCAGAUGGUGUGUACCAGCCCUUGGGAGAGCCCCACCUGCCGAACCCCCGAGAACUUAGCAACACUGCCAUGAGGGGCCCUGCAGGACAGGCCUCCAUGAGAAACCGCACGGUGCUGGGGGUCUUCUUCGGCUACCACUUGCUCUCCGACCUGGUGAGUGUGGAGAGACCCGGCUGCCCCGCCGAGUUCCUCAACAUCCGCAUUCCUCCGGGAGACCCCGUGUUCGACCCCAACCGGAGCGGGGACGUGGUGCUGCCCUUCCAGAGAAGCCGCUGGGACCCCAAAACCGGACAGAGCCCCAGCAACCCCAGGGACCUGACCAACGAGGUGACGGGCUGGCUGGACGGCAGCGCCAUCUAUGGCUCCUCGCACUCCUGGAGCGACGAGCUGCGGAGCUUCUCCGGGGGGCAGCUGGCGUCCGGGCCCGACCCCGCCUUCCCCCGGGACUCGAAGGACCCCCUGUUCAUGUGGACCGCGCCCGACCCCGCCACCGGACAGCGCGGGUCCCAGGGGCUGUACGCCUUCGGGGCGGAGCGAGGCAACCGCGACCCAUUCGUGCAGGCGCUGGGCCUGCUCUGGUUCCGCUACCACAACCUGUGCGCUCAGAGGCUGGCCCGCGAGCACCCGAGCUGGGGGGACGAGGAGCUGUUCCAGCACGCGCGCAAGAGGGUCAUCGCCACCUAUCAGAACAUCGCUGUGUACGAGUGGCUGCCCAGCUUCCUGCGGAAAAUGCUCCCGGAUUAUGCAGGAUACCGGCCGUUUCUGGACCCCGGCAUCUCCCCGGAGUUCCUGGCGGCCUCUGAGCAGUUCUUCUCCACCAUGGUGCCCCCUGGCGUCUACAUGAGAAAUGCCAGCUGCCACUUCCAGGGGGUCCUCAAUAGGAACUCAAGCAUCUCCAGAGCUCUCCGGGUCUGCAACAGCUACUGGAGCCGAGAGCACCCAAACCUACAAAGAGCUGAAGAUAUGGAUGCGCUGCUGCUGGGCAUGGCCUCCCAGAUCGCUGAGCGAGAGGACAACGUGGUGGUGGAGGACGUGCGAGAUUUCUGGCCUGGGCCACUGAAGUUUUCCCGCACAGACCACCUGGCGAGUUGCCUGCAACGAGGCCGGGAUCUGGGCCUGCCCUCUUACACUGAGGCCAGGGCAGCACUGGGCCUGCCUCCCAUUACCAGAUGGCAGGACAUCAACCCUGCACUCUCCCGUAGUAAUGGCACUGUGCUGGAGGCCAUAGCUGCCUUGUACAAUCAGGACCUGUCCCGGCUGGAGCUGCUCCCUGGGGGGCUUCUGGAGAGCCACGGGGAUCCUGGGCCCCUCUUCAGUGCCAUCGUUCUCGACCAAUUUGUGCGGCUGCGGGAUGGUGACCGCUACUGGUUUGAGAACACCAGGAAUGGGCUGUUCUCGGAGGAAGAGAUAGUAGAGAUCAGAAACACUUCACUACGGGAUGUUCUAGUGGCCGUCACCAACAUGAACCCCAGUGCCCUGCAGCCCAACGUCUUUUUCUGGCAUGCUGGAGACCCCUGCCCGCAGCCAAGACAGCUCAGCACCGAGGGCCUGCCAGCCUGUGCUCCUCCCGUCAUGCGGGACUAUUUUGAAGGCAGUGGAUUUGGCUUCGGGGUCACCAUCGGGACCCUUUGCUGCUUCCCCCUGGUGAGCCUGCUCAGUGCCUGGAUUGUUGCCAAGCUCCGGAGGAGAAAUUUCAAGAAACUCCAGGGCCAAGGCCGCCAGAGCAUCAUGUCUGAGAAGCUUGUGGAGGGAGUGGAAGCAUUGGAAUGGCAGGGCGGCAAGGAGCCCUGCCAGCGUGUGCUCGUGCACCUGCAGCCCGGGCAGAUCCGCGUGGUGGACAGCAGGCUCUCUGUGCUCCGCACCAUCCAGCUUCGGCCCCCGCAGCAGGUCAACCUCAUCCUGUCCAGCAACCGUGGACGCCGCGCCCUGCUGCUCAAGAUCCCCAAGGAGUAUGACCUGGUGCUGCUCUUCAACCUAGAGGAAGAGCGGCAGGCGCUGGUGGAAAACCUUCGGGCAGCUCUGAAGGAGAGUGGGCUGAGCUUCCAGGAGUGGGAGCUGCGGGAGAAGGAGCUGAUGAGGGCAGCUGUGACGCGGGAGCAGCGGAGCCACCUACUGGAGACCUUUUUCAGGCACCUUUUCUCCCAGGUACUGGACAUCAACCAGGCGGAUGCAGGGACCCUGCCCCUGGACUCGUCACAGAAGGUGCGGGAGGCCCUGACGUGUGAACUGAGCAGGGCCGAGUUUGCGGAGUCCCUGGGCCUCAAGCCCCAGGACAUGUUUGUGGAGUCCAUGUUCUCUCUGGCUGACAAAGACGGCAAUGGCUACCUGUCCUUCCGGGAGUUCCUGGACAUCCUGGUGGUCUUCAUGAAAGGAUCCCCUGAGGAGAAGUCUCGCCUUAUGUUCCGCAUGUACGACUUUGAUGGGAAUGGUCUCAUUUCCAAGGAUGAGUUCAUCAGGAUGCUGAGGUCCUUCAUUGAGAUCUCCAACAACUGCCUGUCCAAGGACCAGUUGGCUGAGGUGGUGGAGUCCAUGUUCCGGGAGUCCGGCUUCCAGGACAAGGAGGAGCUGACAUGGGAGGACUUCCACUUCAUGCUGCGGGACCACGACAGUGAGCUCCGCUUCACACAGCUCUGCGUCAAAGGAGUGCAGGUGCCUGAAGUCAUCAAGGACUUCUGCCGGAGAGCCUCCUAUAUCAGCCAGGAGAAGAUCUGUCCCUCUCCCAGAGUGAGUGGUCGUUAUCCCCGCAGCGACGUUGAGGUGGAGCUGACACCACAGAGACUGCAGUGCCCCAUGGACAUAGACCCUCCCCAGGAGAUUCGACGGAGGUUUGGCAAGAAGGUAACGUCGUUCCAGCCCCUCCUGUUCACCGAGGCUCACCGAGAGAAGUUUCAACGCAGCCGGCGCCACCAGACGGUGCAGCAGUUCAAGCGCUUCAUCGAGAACUACCGGCGCCACAUUGGCUGCGUUGCCGUGUUCUACGCCAUCGCGGGGGGCCUUUUCCUAGAGAGGGCCUACUACUAUGCCUUUGCGGCUCACCACAUGGGCAUCACAGACACCACCCGUGUGGGCAUCAUCCUCUCGCGGGGCACGGCUGCCAGCAUCUCCUUCAUGUACUCCUACAUCCUGCUCACCAUGUGCCGCAACCUCAUCACCUUCCUGCGAGAGACCUUCCUCAACCGCUACGUGCCCUUCGACGCCGCCGUGGACUUCCAUCGCCUCAUUGCCUCCACUGCCAUCGUCCUCACAGUCUUACACAGUGCAGGCCAUGUGGUGAAUGUGUACCUGUUCUCCAUCAGCCCACUCAGCGUCCUCUCCUGCCUCUUCCCUGGCCUCUUCCACAACAACGGGUCUGAGUUCCCCCAGAAGUAUUACUGGUGGUUCUUCCAGACCGUGCCAGGCCUAACGGGGGUCGUGCUGCUCCUGGUCCUGGCCGUCAUGUACGUCUUCGCCUCCCACCACUUCCGCCGCCAUAGCUUCCGGGGCUUCUGGCUGACCCACCACCUCUACAUCCUGCUCUACAUCCUGCUUAUCAUCCACGGCAGCUUUGCUCUGAUCCAGCUGCCCCGUUUCCACAUCUUCUUCCUGGUCCCGGCGCUAAUCUAUGUUGGGGACAAGCUGGUGAGCCUGAGCCGGAAGAAGGUGGAGAUCAGCGUAGUGAAGGCGGAGCUGCUGCCAUCAGGAGUGACCCACCUGCAGUUCCAGCGGCCCCAAGGCUUUGAGUACAAGUCAGGACAGUGGGUGCGGAUCGCCUGCCUGGCUCUAGGGACCACUGAGUACCACCCUUUCACGCUGACUUCUGCACCCCAUGAGGACACGCUCAGCCUGCACAUCCGGGCAGCGGGGCCCUGGACCACUCGCCUCAGGGAGAUCUACUCACCCUUGACGGGCAACGGCUGUGCCAGAUACCCGAAGCUGUACCUCGAUGGACCAUUUGGAGAGGGCCACCAGGAGUGGCAUAAGUUUGAGGUGUCAGUCCUGGUGGGAGGGGGCAUUGGGGUCACCCCCUUUGCCUCCAUCCUCAAAGACCUGGUCUUCAAGUCAUCAGUCAGCAGCCAAGUGUUCUGUAAGAAGAUCUACUUCAUCUGGGUGACACGGACCCAGCGGCAGUUUGAGUGGCUGGCUGACAUCAUCCGGGAGGUGGAGGAGAAUGACUGCCAGGACCUGGUGUCCGUGCACAUUUACAUCACCCAGCUGGCUGAGAAGUUCGACCUGAGGACCACCAUGCUGUACAUCUGUGAGCGGCACUUCCAGAAGGUGUUGAACCGGAGUCUGUUCACAGGCCUGCGCUCCAUCACCCACUUCGGUCGCCCCCCCUUCGAGCCUUUCUUCAACUCCCUGCAGGAGGUCCACCCACAGGUCAGGAAGAUCGGGGUGUUUAGCUGCGGCCCCCCUGGCAUGACCAAGAAUGUGGAAAAAGCCUGUCAGCUCAUCAACAGGCAGGACCGGACUCAUUUCUCCCACCAUUAUGAGAACUUCUAGGCCUCCUGCCCAGGGGCUCCACCUACUGCCCAGCUGAGCAGAGAGACUGGGGAAAGAGCUGCUCUGGAAGUCCCCCCCCAAAUCUGGGGAUGCUCAGCUCCCUCAUCCUGGGGACAUCCCUUCACCCUCCCGCUAACUGGGCCUUGGGCCAAGCCCCCAGCACAUCUAUCCAGCCCUUCAGCCUGGGAUGACAUCAUUGGUGAGGCUGCAGUUCCAUUCCCUCCCUCCAAGAGGACUCGCUCCACUGCCUCUCCCAUCUCCCUGCCACAAUCCGGGAAAUCAGCAUUACUGCCUGGCCCUGCCCACAAGGCGAGGACUCCACUGCUCAGAGCUCUGGCCAGCUCCCAGAUGGCUGGGCGUCCUCAGGCUUAGAGGGAGAGCACUGAGGGGGGGCUCCAGCAAGAACAUUUGUCCAACUACUAUAGGCCUCGUCUGCCAAGCCCAGGUCUGAAACUCACCCACAGGCAAGGAGGAAGCCAUGCUUCAGGGAGCCCUGAAGCCUGGUGUUUGUCUCUGCUGGUCAAGGACAGGGCUCAGAAGCUGGUGUGGGAAGUAGGUCACGAUGCGGAGGCCCCCACCCUUGAGAGGUGAGGCUGGCCAACCUCCUCACUUGCCUCGCCCUUGCCACAAAGAGGGCUCUGACUGGACCCAUUUCCCUAGGCCCACAAGUGAGAAAGCAGAGAGUGGGGUGAC